GCACGUCUCGGAAACAUGGAGAAAAUGCAAGAGACAGCUGAAAGGAAAGGAAGGCUGACUCUUGUCUUGGCAUUGGCAACACUCAUCUCCACUUUUGGCUCCUCUUUCCAAUAUGGUUACAAUGUUGCUGUGGUCAACUCUCCAUCCGAAUACAUGCAGGUCUUCUACAGGGCUGCAUAUCUAUUUCGCUAUGGAGAUGUAAUGGAUGAUGGCCUUGUGACACUUCUGUGGUCCCUCACUGUCUCUAUGUACCCUCUUGGAGGGUUCUUUGGAUCGCUCAUGGUAGGCCCUUUGGUCAACAAAUUAGGAAGAAAAGGAACGCUCCUCUUCAACAAUAUCUUCUCCAUUGUCCCAGCUAUAAUGAUGGGGGUGAGUGAGGUGGCCCGGUCCUACGAGAUGGUCAUUAUCGGUCGCUUUGUAGUGGGCAUCUGUGCAGGCAUCUCUUCCAAUGUGGUGCCCAUGUACCUGGGGGAACUCUCUCCAAAAAACCUCAGGGGUGCCAUUGGCAUAGUGCCCCAGCUCUUCAUCACCAUCGGCAUCCUCACUGCCCAAGUGUUUGGCAUAAGGUCCAUCCUGGGCAAUGUAAAUGGCUGGCCCAUCAUGUUGGCCCUCACUGGGGUCCCAGCGGUGCUGGAGCUGCUGCUGCUGCCCUUCUUCCCAGAGAGCCCGCGCUACCUGCUCAUCCAGAAAGGAGACGAGGAUGCUGCCAGGAAAGCACUGCGGCGGCUGCGAGGCUGGGAUGACGUGGAUGAGGAGCUGUUGGAGAUGCACAGGGAGGAUCAGUCGGAGAAGGCGGAGGGGCGUCUGUCCGUCCUCAACCUCCUCUCCUUCCGCUCGCUGCGCUGGCAGCUGAUCUCCGUCGUCGCCAUGAACAUGGGCCAGCAGCUGUCCGGAGUCAACGCGAUUUACUAUUACGCAGACAACAUCUUCCUCUCUGCUGGUGUGAAGCUGAACGACAUCCAGUAUGUGACGGUGGGCACAGGAAGUGUUAACGUCUUCAUGACUAUUGCUGCGGUGUUCAUUGUGGAGGCCUCGGGGAGGAGGAUACUGCUUCUCCUGGGCUUUGCCAUAUGCUGUGCUGCAUGCUUUGUCCUGACCAUCGCACUCAACUUUCAGGAUGGUUUGAGCUGGAUGCCCUAUGUCAGCAUCGCGUGUGUAAUCAUCUACGUCAUUGGUCACGCCAUCGGACCAAGCCCCAUCCCAUAUGUCAUCACCACGGAGAUCUUUCGGCAGUCGUCCAGACCUGCUGCGUUCAUGGUCGCCGGCUCUGUUCACUGGCUCUCCAACUUCACCGUGGGCCUUGUCUUCCCCUAUCUCGAGAAGGGACUGGGCCAGUUCAGCUUCGUUAUCUUUGGGGUGAUCUGUCUCAUCACGCUGAUCUACAUCUGGGUGCUCAUUCCUGAGACCAAGAACAAAACUUUCCUGGAGAUCAGCCAGCUGUUUGCUAAGAGGAACAAGGUGACGAUCAUGGUGGAGGAGGCAGAGAGAGAAACUAAAGACCAGGAUGGAGAGCACUGCCAGGAGGAGGAGAAGGCCACAGCAUUCUGAGAGAGGCACUGUGCUUUGAAGGACCCUAGCCUGUCGUCUGGAGGUGAGAUGGAGGAAUCCGAUGGGCAUUGAAUCAGUAUUUAUUUUCUAUUUUGUUUUGUUUUGUUUGUAACUCUCUGCCGAUCAUAUUAUGUUAUGGGUGGCCAUGAGUGGCCAAGUGAGAGCAAGUGUGCGGACCUUUUACUCAUUUUAUGGGUGGCCAUGGUUCAUUUUUGGAUACAAAAGUAUGAAACUGCAAAUGCAGUAAAAAAGCACCCAUAAGUACCUCUGAAAUGUGUAUACCAACAAACCUACUAGUGGCAAUAUUCUGCACUGUUGCAUGUCCCUUGUAUGACCCCCUAUGCCCUCUUCAGGCCUCGCAAUGCUAGUAAACCAACAGUUCUAGCCCUGGUGCAACUAGGUUAGGUACUGUAUAUUUCUGUUUUUGGAUGCACUUUGGCUAAUUGCUCUCACACAAACACCUUCUCU